AUGCCUCUCGGGGCUUCUACCGUCUUUGGCGUGGGCUCGAGCGAUGGUAAUGGAUUUCGAAAGCUCGUGAGAGACCAGGCACGCUUUGCUGGAUACGAGGUCAACAUGGUGGGCACUAAGAACGGAGGCACCAUGAAGGAUAAUGACUGUGAGGCUACAUCUGGCCACAUCGUCACCGAGGCGCACGACGCAUCGAGGCUGUCGUACAAGUUUAAACCAAACGUGGUGAUUAUGAAUAUUGGCACGAAUAACUGCAUUCACGGCAUCGACAAUGCAAACCAGCACAAUAGGCUGCGCGUCAUGAUCGAAGGCAUGUGGCGCAACAUCUCUCCCGAUACAGUGAUGAUUGUAUCAACGCUACUCCCACUCGAAGGACAGGGUGGCGUUAAUCGCAACGAUGUGAACAACUUAUACCGGCGCAUGGUUGCGGACCUCGCGGCGCAGGGGAGGCCCAUCUACAUCGCCGACAUGGACCACAUCCCCAUGUCUGACGUGCCCGACAAGGUGCACCCGCACGAUGGGGGGUUCGGCAAGAUGGCCGCCGCCUUCUGGGCUGGUAUCCAGGCCGCUGAGAGGGACGGCAAUAUCAAACCUCCGCUCCCGAUGGAUGGGAACGCCGAGGGCGACACAGGCACUUGCAAGAAGCCGGCCGGAAACGGCGUCUGGGCCGGGGGUCUGACGCAAAGAGGCAGUGGCGAGCAUGACGGUAUCUACCGGCACCGCAGCCAGCCAGAGGGUGUCGUGUUAACCAUCACGAGCGACUUUGACCGCAACCAGUGGCGAUUCGCACGUCUUUUUCGGUCGGACCGCGAUGACCUGGUAGGUUGGUUUGACCUGCCCAGCGGAGAGGCGCGGGACGGCGUUUGGAGGAACGACGGGGGUGGCAAGUUCACCAAGAUCAACGACCUAAGUGUACAAGACAACUGCCUCCCGCGCGGCAUCGUCUUCAUUGAUCUCAACGGUGACGGGCAUGACUAUUUUGCCUGCAUCGGGCGCGAUGGUGCCGUUUUUGCCAGUAUCAACCGUGGCAACGGGGGAGGGGCGGUGCCGCCCACCUUUAGGCAUAUCAGCCUCUGGAAGGCUGCGCAACCAGGAUACCCGCAAGCUCAGGUUCGGCUCGCUGAUAUUGACGGUGACGGUCGUGCUGACUUCUGUGGCCUUUCCCUCAAUGGCGAUAUCUCAUGCUGGCGCAACGGCGGGAUUCAUGACAAGCCAGCUUACUUCCAGGCCCUGGGCCGAAGAUUUACGGGCAAGGGCAUGGGAGAUCUUGCUGGCGUUCGUUUCGAGGACCUCAAUGGCGAUGAUCGAGACGACUGGCUCUGGGGUGUUGAAGGCGACGGCCUCAAUGUUGCGUGGCGACAAGGCUUCAAUGGCAACGCCAACAGCGGACCGACUCAUCCAGGAGGUUUCGGCGGCUCAGAGAACAUCAGGAACCGCAUUCACUUUGCGCGUAUCUUUGGAGUGCCUCAAGACUUUGGGCUGCUCGGUCGGCUCGACUACGUCUAUAUGGAGCACGCAAAGGAGGGCAACAAGCACAAGUUCAGCGUCCGCGUGUAUAGGAACCUCGGUUCAGGUGGUACCAAGCUAGUCGCUGAUGGCAACAAGUAUUGCGACAUGACGGGCAACGGACGCGACGACUACGUGUGGACACACUCCAAGGGCAUCAUGACCAUGUUUCCCAACGGCGGCAAAAACUUCCUCACAGGGAGCGAGAGCUACUGGGGCCCGAGUGCACGUAUCUUUGAUGCCAAGCAGGUAGCUGGACGCGAACUUGACCGACGUGACCUCCAUCUAGCUGAUUGGGUUGGUGAUGGCAAGUGCGAUAUCAUCUGGGUCGAUGCAGCCAACGAGAACCGCGUGACCGUCUUCCGCAAUCUCGACGGUGGCGCCGGAGGCAACUGGCGUUGGCAGAAUCUGGGAAACGCAGCGCCAGCGCUCCGAUACCCCGAGAAGCGCGGUAUUGGUCUGCAUGAUCUUGCCGUCCGGUUCGCCGACAUUAGUGGCAGCGGACGGCCUGAUUACCUCUGUAUCGAGAAGGACGGGCGCGUUUGGGGCUGGACUCAGUCGUCUAAUGGCGCCUGGACCCAUGUGCCGCAGUUUAAGAGCGCCAAGGGCCAUGACCGCGCCAACCUUCGGUUUCAUGACGCUGAGAAGUUCAGCGGCGACGGAUUCGUCUAUUACAACCUCGGCCGGCAUGAUAUUGGCGGCUCACAAUACUGGUGGGAGCAGAAGCCAGGGGGGGGGGGGGGGGGGGCCGUUCCAUGCCUGCGCUGGCAGCCAGGCUGGGACCUGCAUGUACUACCCGGACCUGGACGGCAACGGACGAGCAGACAUGCAUGGUAUCAAGGGCACGUGGACCAACGAAGCCGAGACAUGGUACAAUAUGUGCUCGGGUGA